AUGUAUCAUCCUUAUAAUAAUCAACAACAACAAACCAAUACAACAAUGUAUGGGGGAGGAGGAUAUGGAGGUGCAUCAUCAAUACCCUCAUCCUCUUCUUCAUCAUCAUCAUCAUCAUCAUCAACAUCAAUUGAUGAACUAUACAAGAAUGCAAAUAAAUUACUAUUUACAAUCAAAAGUGAUUUGGAGAAAAUGGAGACUGGUGUAGACACAUCGGUCAUUAUACAAGGACAAUUAUCAACAAAUAUCAAUCAACUCUCUAGAAUAACAGAUCAAUUGGAUGGAAUGGUAUCAUCAGAAUCGGCUGCUAAAAGAGACAUUUGGAGAAUUAAGGUUAAACAAAUGGUUGAUGAAUGUAAAUCAUUAAGAAAAUCAAUGGAUGUAUUUUUACAACACAAAUAUAAGAAACAAAUGGAAGAUGAGGAAAGAUCAAAAUUAUUCUCUCGAAGAAAGGAUGCUCAAGGAUCAACUCUUGGCAAUUUAAUCAAAGAAAAUCAAUUAUUGGGCGAUAGUAACCAAGUAGUAGAUGAAUUAACUGAACAAGGUGCAAAUAUUAUCUUUGCUUUAGUUGGUCAAAAUUCAAAAUUAAAGAAUGUUCAUAAAAAAAUAUAUGAUAUUGCAAAUACAUUGGGAAUUUCAAGGAGUGUAAUGAAUAAGAUUAGAAGAAGACAAAUGGAAGAUAAAAUUAUUAUAGUCGAAUAA